AUGGUUGAGAGCCCUGAAACCGAAGCCUACGUCCCUGUCGGCACUAUCGAUCCAACAGACCCUCCCGCUUAUACUGCCACUCCUGCGCCCAAGCCUACACACAGACAACCCGAUGACCUCGAAGACGACACCGAUGGUGAUGCUGAAGUUCUUCUCGUCCGCAAUAAGCCGUUUACCGCCUCGAUUCGCCAGACAAUUCUGCACCUGCGCGCUCGAGCCGGCUAUUGGUCUCGUUUCCGCGGCUUGUCGAUGUUCCUCGUCUGGAAUGUAACCGCUGGUAUCCUCAUUUCCAUCCUGGCCAACAUCUUUCCCAACCGGCUGGGAUUGGCCUUGGCUGCCAUUGUUGCUGAAACCGCUCUUGCUACUUUCAAUAUGGCUUGGGUCCACAUUGCCAUUUCUGAGCCCAGCGAGAAGAGAUGGUACAAACGAAUUCCUUCUCUGCGAACCUGGCCCAAAAUUGCACCGGCUGUCGCCUUGUGGGCCACUGCUCACCAGGCCGUAUCCGUUCUACCCAUGUUGGUCUGUGGUUCGUUUGGGUCGCUCAAGCAUAUGAAUGAUCCGGAUUAUGAGCCAGGCCGCAAAGAUCUUUACGCCGUGGGCGCCCAGGGAGUCCUUGGGUUUUCUCUUAUGGUUGCUCUAUAUGUACUCCUCCAGAUUCCUGCUACUGUUACCGUGGUCCGGGUUGCAGCAUCCAUGCUUCCCGAGGAGGAUGAAACCAUCGUCCCAUUUGACCGCACUUUUGGCGGGAAGACUACUCCUGCUAUUAUUGGUGGACAGGGCAAGAUCGGAUUGGUCGAGGCAUGGAGAAGUUUCCCCUGGGAGAGCCGAAUGCGGCUCCUGCGCUUGAUGGCAAAGGUGACACUUAUCUUCCUUGCUUGUUGGCUCAUCUUCACCAUUGUUCUGGUCGUUGAAUCUCACAUCCUGUUCGGGGACAAGUUGGGCGAGAUGAUGAAGGCCGUCCACGGGAUCGCCCGUUCUCAUCAGUAA